GCAUUUUUCUUUUUAGAAGUACCAAAUUAGUAAUAUACCAUGAUUUAUUCAUCAGUUUCUUCUGAAAAUCCAUGGACAACAAUAAGCCCAAAAGUCCUCAGACCUUCAACAAAGCAACGUCCUUUUCACUUAAAUCCCAUCCUUAGUUUUCACCGCCAAAACCCAGACACCAUUAACAGCCCUGUGAACCCAACAGAACCCAAAACCCAGCUCAGAAGCCCCAUCUUGAUAAACCCAACCCAAGUUAUUUACAAAAAAACCAAGAGGAGCAGGAUUCAUGAGGAAAGAAGAGGUUUUCCCCAACUGGGUAGCCAGCAAAUGUUGUUUCUGUGUGGAUUUGGGUAUUGGAUGCAAGGUUUUAGGUGCUUUCCAUGGCUGGCGUUGAACUUCCACAUGGCUCACAAUCUUAACAUGCACCCCUCAACAUUGCAGCUCGUACAGCAUUCUGGUAACCUUCCCAUGGUGGCCAAACCCUUUUAUGGAAUACUCUCUGAUGCUCUUUACAUUUCUGGUGCGCAUAGAUUACCUUAUAUUUCCAUUGGAGUUCUUUUACAGGUCCUAUCUUGGGGGCCAAUGGCAGUUAUCCCUGUUGCAGCUAAAGCCCUUCCUACCCUUAUGGCAUGUGUUCUUCUUAGUAAUCUUGGAGCAUCCAUUACAGAAGUAGCACAGGAUGCUCUUGUUGCAGAGUACGGGCAAGAAAAAAAUAUGAAAGGCCUCCAAUCUUAUGCAUUCAUGGCAUCAGCUGCUGGUGGAAUCCUUGGUAACUUAAUAGGUGGAUAUUUCUUAAUGAAAACACCACCGAGAACCAUGUUUCUCGUAUUUUCAGUGUUACUUUCUGCUCAACUUGCAAUUUCAUUGAGAAUAAGAGAGGAAUCUCUUGGUUUACCACAAUUGCCAGAUCACUAUCUUAUGAGGAAGCCAAUCUUUGAAAGUAUGAGAAAACAAUUUACUGAGCUGGUGAUGGGAAUUCAAGAGGAAAGUAUUGUUCGUCCUCUUACUUGGAUAGUAGCUUCUAUUGCCAUGGUUCCUGUCCUGUCAGGUUCCAUCUUUUGCUACCAAACACAAUGUCUACAUCUUGAUCCUUCAGUCAUUGGCAUGUCUCGAGUGAUUGGCCAAUUGAUGCUUCUUUCCACUGCCGUACUUUAUGACUGUUAUUGGAAAAAAAUUCCCAUGAGAAAGUUGGUUGGUGUGGUGCAACUUGUGUAUGCCUUUUCACUUCUUCUUGACCUUCUUUUAGUAAGACAGAUCAAUGUUAGACUGGGGAUUCCAAAUGAGGUGUUUGUUCUUUGUUUUUCGGGGUUAGCAGAAACUAUUGCGCAAUUCAAACUCUUACCUUUCACAGUGCUAUUUGCGAGUUUAUGUCCUCGAGGUUGUGAAGGAUCUCUGACUUCUUUCUUAGCAUCAGCCUUGUGUUUAUCAUCAAUAGCUAGUGGGUUUUUAGGCGUUGGAUUGGCUUCUCUGAUUGGAGUAACAGCAGGCGACUACUCAAGCCUGCCUUUUGGAAUUCUGGUACAGUUCAUUGCGGCUUUACUUCCUUUAGGAUGGCUUUGUAAUUUACCCAUGUCAGAAGCUGUUGUUGGGAAGGAGAGGAAGAGAGGCUUGAGUAGAAGAAGUCUGAAAAGUAGAAGGGUCGGUAGAGUGGUAUAUGGUUCAGUUUCUAUCUACAGACGCGAGAGAGAAUCUGAGGCAUAAAAGUGAAAGAACUACUUCUAUUUUAUGAUCAACACUCGUUUUCAUAUAGCAAGCCGAUUGAAAGUGGGAGCAAUAUGCAGGAUUACCCGAGUGAGAAUCUGUAAUGUAGAGGUGAAGCAGCUACUUCAUAGGGUUGCAUUUUAAUGAGAGCAGGAGAAGUGAAGGUACAAGAGGAAUCUAGGAUUGCCUCAAUGCUGUUCGUUUUCUACAAACUGCUCGAUGACUUAGAAAGAGGCUUCA